GGCCAAUCAGACUGCACGUCACUGCACCCAUCUGAUGUGUUAUUCAUGGUGUUAUCUACCUAGACAACAUCGAGAAGUUAUUCGGCACUUUAAUUCCGUAUUUUCAAGAGACAGCUAAAGUGGACCAUUACAAUGUUAAAGGCAGAUCUCCCUCCAAGUUAUGAAGAGUCCAGGCAGCAGUCAAAUGGCCAACAGCAACACGGAAACUACCCACACCCUCCCUAUGGAUAUCCAGCCCAGCCAGGGGUGUACACGGGCCCGGGACAGCCUGGCAUACACCCUCAGGCUGGGCUGUGGCAAGGUCCAGGAUAUUCCUCGUCAGCAAUGCCAACUGCCAUGCCCUCUUUCAUAACACCAGGAAUGUUUUCAUCCAACCCCAGAGAUGCCGAGGAUGUCUCAUCAGUUGGCGUAUGGGACAGUAUGAGGGUUCGACAUGCAUUUAUCAGAAAGGUUUAUCUUAUUUUAGCUGCUCAACUUUUUGUCACUGCUUCAAUCAUUGCAGUGUUUGUAUUUGUUGAACCUGUGCGUCUUUUUGUGAUCCAAAAUCCUGCCAUUUAUUGGGCGUCAUUCCCUGUGUAUCUUAUUACUUAUCUUGUGCUGGUUUGCUGUGAAGGACCAAGGAGACGUCACCCAUGGAAUUUAAUACUCCUCCUUGUUUUUACCCUUGCCUUAUCCUACAUGGCAGGAACAAUAUCAAGUUUCUUUGACACCAAAGCAGUGGUCCUGGCUCUUGGGAUAACAGCAAUAGUGUGUGUAGUCGUCACAAUCUUCAGUUUUCAGACGAAGGUGGAUUUUACCUCCUGUACCGGUCUGCUUUGUGCCCUAUGUGUGGUUCUCCUGGUGACUGGCAUUAUAACAUCCAUUGUACUUUGCUUUAAAUAUGUACCUUGGCUACACAUGCUGUAUGGUGCUUGCGGGGCAAUAGUAUUCACCUUGUUUUUGGCUUAUCACACUCAGCUGCUCGUUGGAAACCGAGCACACACCAUCAGCCCUGAGGAAUAUGUAUUUGGAGCUCUUUCCCUCUACGUUGACAUCGUCCAGAUCUUUAUCUUUCUCCUUUCCGUCACAGGAAGUUCAGAGUAAACGCUAGAGGGUUUUUAUUUUUUAGAAAAUUGUAUCUUUCAUUGAGCUUUUUUGAUCUUUUCCUUCAUAAUUUCUUUAAAAUGGUGUUCAUAUCCAGUUACAUUGAUGUCUGUUAUUAGAAUGUUUUGAGUUGUGUUGUUUUUAAGUUGCAUGUUAAAAUUGAUUGUCACUUUAUUAAUUUGCCUUUUAUUUAAAAUGCACUUUAUUUUUCACCUGAUAAUUUGUGAUGAUGAAACUAAUAUAAAAGUGUUUACUAAGACACCUGUGAUUUUGUAAUGUAGCUAUUGUUGUUGUUAUUUACCUAACAGGAAAUAAAAUAGAACAA